GAAGCUCUCUUUCACCUGGAGGGGCUUCUGGGGUACUUGGAUGGAGAUGGAGGGACAAGUUAUAUCUCCUGCGGUUGCUGGGGUAAGAACAUGGGUAGUGGGCGAUUUGGAUGGGAAGGGAUGAGUGAACCAAGGGGCUGCAGAGGGAGUGGAAUCUAAGGAGAGCGGCUGGGGAUGGGGAUGGGUAAACAUGCACGAUUAUUGUGUUCGGGGACCUCAUAGCUAUUUUGAAGGUGAUCUAAGCACAUCAAAGCUGUACACUGCCAAAUAUCAGAAGGAACUGUAGAUCACUCAAGAAAUCAAAUCCCAAAUUUGUUCAGUAGAAGUGCCCACCAGACUGUUUCAACUCAAGUGGAGAAGAUUGAUGAGAGUGAAUAAAAACCUUCAAGAUUAUGAAGGAUUUUUUCCAACUUGAGUAGAGAAAUACUAUACCUUCAGUUACAGAAUCACCAAUAAGGGAUAAUUUAGAAUCAACACUAAAUUCAAAGCCAGAAUAACUCCUAUUACACUGUAAGUUAUUGGAGGUUGACCACUGCAGUACUGAGAAUGAUUGAAGCAGGGAAUGGAAAAGACAUAUGAAAUAACAGAAUAUAUUAGGACAGUUACAGGAAGGGGCAAAGUGAUUUGUUUCACAUAUUUUUCAUGAUGACACAAACAUAGCAUUGUAAGCAUUUCUUGAAAGCAUUUCCACUUCUAUGAAAUGGUGUUACCUAUGAGAGUUAAUGAGGGUCAUUUCAAUGUAACCGGGGAUCUGAAGUCAGUCUAGGUGCAAAGUCCCCCUGCCCAAAUCUUCCCUGUUUCUUCGGUAGACACAAAGUGCUGGAGUAACUCAACAGGUCAGGCAGCAUCGAUGGAGACAAAGAAUGGAUGACGUUUCGGGUCGGAACCCUUCUUCAGUCUGAAGGAAAACAAAACGUUUUCAAAAACAAAACAAAACCCCACCCUUUGAGUGAACAAGCUACCCCUCAGAUUCCUAUUAAAUCUUUUCCCCUUCACCGUAAACCUAUGUCCUCUGGUCCUCGAUUCAUCUCCUCUAGGCAAGAGACUCUGAUCUUUAUUUUCUAUUCUUCUAGGAGCUGUGUUCUCCCAUUCCUUUGUUUGGGGCCAUUCUAUUUCAACAGGUAUAAAUAGGUGAAGUCCAGUGGCCAGUGUUCCCACCCUGAUAGGUGGGAAGCCAGUGCAUGCUGGUGCUGCUCUAUUGCAUUUUAGGAUGCAGGGCAGCCAGAAGUGUAGGCACAAAGGAAGACCAUGCUACUGCUGGUCAGGCCUACACCAUCCCUCCACAAUGGGACCUCCACCAGAAAUGUGGGUUAGUACUGAUGCCGGGUUCUCAGAUGAAGUAGCUCAACAUCAUGCCUAAUGUGGCCAGAAAUGUUCCCUGCACUGGUUUAUGAGCUGUCAUCUGGUGCACUCCUACAGUAUAGUCUUGACAAUCUAUGUGCAGUGAAGUUAAAAUCAAAUUUGUUCCACUUGUUCAGAUAUGGGUGCACAUUGAAUUGUUAUUUAUAUGUAAAUGUGCACAUUGUAUUGGAAGAGCACAUUUUCCCGUGAAUACACUGCUUCCUUUGUGCGGCUUAUAUCCUGGUGCGAGUAUGUGAAGAGUGCAGCUACGAUAUGAGUUAAUUUAUUCUGGAUUAAGCAAAUGUGAUUAAAAAAAAUGAAAAACUGUUCCAGUUUCAAAGACUGCAAUUUGAAAACAAAAUUAAAUGAACAUCUUUGCUAAGCCCAAACCUAACUCUGCCACGACAUUUUGCAUCUCAAUCAGUGUUAACGUAAGAUAGGUAAUGAGGAAAUGCUUCUGGCUGUCAGCAUGUCUUUAGCAGUGCGGCUUUAAGAAGCCUCUGCACAGGCGUAACAGUCAUUUGCAGAGCUUGCUGUUGCAGCCUGCAGAAUUCUGCUUGCUCAGUAUUUCAGUCGUAAGAAGACAGGGCACACACUGCACAUCUUCCUGAUGAGCAGACCUGAAGAAACUUCUUCCAGUUAUUCUCUUUUUCUGGUUCUGUGGCCUUUACUGUACAGUAAUUGAAACUCGUGUGCAAUGGGUUUCUUCCCGAACUUUAUUCAUCUGGUUAGAAGGAUGCUGAUGAUUUGAUGACAGGACAGUACGGCAGUCUCACUGGUAAUUGAAUUGGGAGACAAAGUCAAAGAAGCGUUGAUAUAGAUGAAGAAAUGAGGCACCUUUCCAACUGUGAGUUCCCAACAAAAUGCCAAGACGAAGAAACCUUCUCACUGCAAUCCUCAUUGUUUUACCGUGGACCAUACUGCUGACUAUUUGGCAUCAGAACUCAAGAGAUUUUUAUUUUGCCGUUAAGAGAAAGGAGCCAGACAAUGGAACAAAAAGAGCACUCGUCAACAGUUCACAAAGCAAAGAAGAACAGGGUGUCUGUAUUCACCAUCAGGCAGCAAGCACUCAGACCUACAUCAAGCUGGAAUAUGUUUACACUAGGCCGCCCCAGUGGUCGCAGUCCUUGCCAACCAUUUACGUGGUAACACCAACCUACAUCAGACCUGUGCAGAAAGCAGAGCUGACCAGACUAGCUAAUACCUUCCUCCACAUACAGAACCUGCACUGGAUUGUUGUGGAGGACACGCCCCGGAGGACUGGUUUGGUUGCACUGCUACUGGAGAAGAGUGGACUGAAUUUCACUCAUUUGAACGUUCAAAGUCCAAAAAGUGUGAGGUUGGGCCUCACUAAAUCAUCAUCGCGUGCUCCAAGGGGGACCCUGCAGAGAAACCUGGGCCUCCGCUGGCUGAGAGACAGACUGAUCCCAAAUGAUUCAUCAGAGGGUGUUGUUUACUUUGCCGAUGAUGAUAACACCUACAGUUUGGAACUCUUUGAGGAGAUGCGAUUCACUAAAAAGGUAUCGGUAUGGCCUGUGGCUUUUGUCGGUGGGCUGCUGUACGAAUCUCCCAAAGUGAACACUGCGGGGAACGUCGUGGGUUGGAAAACUGUCUUUGAUCCAAAUCGACCUUUCGCUAUUGAUAUGGCGGGCUUUGCAAUCAACGUUAAACUGAUACUUGAGAAAUCUUCAGCCAACUUCCAGCUGUAUGGCGUGAAGGGUGGAUACCAGGAGACCAGCUUACUGCGCGAACUUGUAACUUUAAGAGAGCUGGAACCUAAAGCUUCAAACUGCACUAAAAUCCUAGUCUGGCACACUCGAACUGAGAAACCAGUUCUCAUUAAUGAAGGAAAGAAUGGAUUCACUGAUCCAAGAGUGGAAGUGUGAUCUUUACUGAGACUGAAGGCAUUUCCUGUAUCUCGUGAAGGUCUUCUGCAGAUUGGCCUAUCCCAUGACAAUGUUUCAGGUCAUACAAGUCUUCUGUAUGUGUAAGAAGGGACUGCAGACGCUGGUUUAAACCGAAGAUAGACACAAAAAGCUGGAGUAGCUCAGCGGGACAGGCAGCAUCUCUGGAGAGAAGGGAUGGGUGACGUUUCGGGAGAUGCUGCCUAUCACGCUGAGUUACUCCACCUCCAAGUCUUCUGUAUAUUUGAUUGAAAAUGUCCUACUAAAUCAUUACUGUACAGUGUGUUUUAAAUUAUUACUUGCUUCUAGCUGAUUAUUUUCACCACUCUCCCAGAUAAUCCACUUCUACAGAACUGGACUUGGAGAGUCACCAACAAGAGGAUAUAGCUACGAGAUAAGAGGCUAUCCGUUUAAAACGGAGGCGUAGAAGAAUUUCUUCUCAGGGGGUAGCGAAUCUCUGGAAUUUUUUCCCCAUGAGCGUGAAAAUGGCCAUAUCUUUAAAUAUAAUUAAAGUGGAGAUAGAUGCAUAUUUUGAAAUUAAGGGCUAUGUGGAACUGGGGCAGUAGUUGAGGCCAGUAGAUCAGUCAUGAUCAUAUUGAAUGGCAGAGCAGGCCUAAAGGUUUUGGUAGCUUACUCCUGCUCUUAUUUUCUUGUGGCCACAACUUUGACAAGAAUGGAUUUUUCUUCCAAAGAUCUUUCUAUUGAUGGAAUGAGCAUAUAACGUUAUUCUACAAAGGAGGGCAGGGAUUGCAAUUAGGUACCUGUUUAUACUUGAUUAAACAUAAAUCGUAAUCUAUUAAUAGGUGAACAAUCAACAUUCAGACUCGGCUGUAUUUUUUUAAACCCAGUUUCCUCUUUCAACAUAGAGUACAUUAUCUUGCUGCACAGUUGUGCCACAAGAGAGCUACAGGCAAAGCCAGCAUUUUAUUGAACAUCCCCAAUUGCCCUUCAGAAAGUGAUGGUCAGCCAUGUUGUUGAAACACAAUGUAGUGGCUGCAGCACAACUGAGUACCUCACUAUGCCUUUACAGAGGACAUCAAAAUGGGGGAAGUGUGGGGUCACACGUGGGCCACAACAGGUAAGGACAGUAGUGAACCAAAUGAAUUUUUACACAAAGUAGUUGAGCAAAUCAAAUUUUCAUAUUAUUAAUUAAAUAUAAAUUCGACAGCAGCUUUGGCGAGUUUGAAUUCAUAAAUCAGUUUACAUUUUGAUGUCCUUUGUAAACAGGCCUGAUCGCUAGUCUGGCAAUUUAACUACAGUGCUACUAUUACAUCAAUUGCAUUAGCACGAGGUCACUGCUGUUCCUUUUGGUCAAGAUUUGGCACAUUGCGAGAACUUGAACAAAAUAGAGGUCUUGUUUUAAUUUUAGUUUGCAGACUUUGAUGAAAUUUUUCAUUAACAGUAAGCAACUUGCAAUAAUUAUACAAUGAAGGGCACUGAAAUGUCAAAGGAAGGCUUAUUAAAAAGUCGGAUACUUUUGAUUUCCCUUUUAACAGUUGAAUGACUGCAGCCUCAUCCCUUGAAAUUGCUUGGCAACAUAGCGCCGCACUUAACAACACUAAAACAAUUGAACAGGAGAUUGCGAUCUCGGCAGGUUGUGUGGUAUUUUCACAGAACAUUAACUUGGUGAUAUUGGCAUGUUUGUUUGUUUCUGCACAGCAUAAAUCUAGGUCUAAGAGUUGUUGCCAAGACCAACAUGAUUGAUCAUUAAUACACACCCAUGAAAUU